AUGGACGACAAUAAUGAAAUACUGCAAAUGUACUUUAUGAGAGAAGAAGUCGAAGAAAGAAAUAACGGAGAGGGGUCUUCCAGGGCAAUUGAAACAACACCAAUUUCAACUGAAAGCAUUCAAAGAAGGAAAACCUCGAGAGAAAAAUCCUCGUACAAGCAACAAUACAAUAAAAAGACUAUUGAAAUGAAGCAUAAAUCUCCUGAUAUUGUAAUUAGCACUGAUGACUUGAGGGCAAUCCCUCGUCGAGGUAAAAUCGUUCGUUCUGUUAAAGAGCAUGAGGCCAAGAAUCGCCAAGUUGGAAAGAAAUGCAUUCACUGUGGCGAGACCGGACAUUUAGCGAACGAUUGUUCCACUCUUCUGAUGAAGGAAUGUCAUCGCUGUGGUAGUACUGAACAUGAGAUCAAAGAUUGCCUAACAGGAAUGGAAUGCGAUCGAUGUGGCGAAACUGGACAUUUGGCAAAAAAUUGUUAUCUUUCUCUGGUAAUGACGUGUCAUCUCUGUGAUAGCACCGAACAUGAGAUCAAAGACUGUCCGGAUAGGAAAAAAUGCGGUCGAUGUGGUGAAACCGGACAUUUAGCGAAAUAUUGUUCGAUCCCUUCUGUUAAAACAUGCCAUCGUUGUGGUACCGAACAUGAGAUUAAAUAUUGCCCGGAUAGGAAGAAAUGCAGUCGGUGUGGUGAAACUGGUCAUUUAGCGAAAUAUUGUACGAUUCCUUCUCUAAGGGCAUGUCAUCGCUGUGGUAGUACCGAACAUGAGAUUAAAGAUUGCCCGGAUAAGAAGAAAUGCAAUCGAUGUGGUGAAACUGGACAUUUAGUAAAAAAUUGUUCGAUCCCUUCUAUAAAGACAUGCCAUCGCUGCGGUAGUACCGAACAUGAGAUUAAAGAUUGCCCGGAUGGGAAGAAAUGCAAUCGAUGUGGUGAAACUGGACAUUUAGUAAAAAAUUGUUCGAUUCCUUUUGUAAAGACAUGCCAUCGCUGCGGUAGUACCGAACAUGAGAUUAAAGAUUGCCCGGAUGGAAAGAAAUGCAAUCGAUGUGGUGAAACUGGACAUUUAGCAAAAAAUUGUUCGAUUCCUUUUGUAAAAAUAUGUCAUCGUUGUGGUAGUACCGAACAUGAGAUCAAAGAUUGCCCGGAUAGAAAGAAAUGUGGUCGGUGUGGUGAAACCGGACAUUUAGCAAAAGAUUGUUCGAUCCCUUCUGUUAAGACAUGCCAUCGCUGUGGUAGUACCGAACACGAGAUUAAAGAUUGUCCGGAUAGGAAAAAAUGCAAUCGAUGUGGUGAAACUGGACAUUUAGCGAAAGAUUGCUCGACUCCUUCUGUGAAGAAGUGCCAUCGCUGUGGUAGUACCGAGCACGAGGUUAAAGAUUGUCUGGUCGGGAAGACGUGUCAUCGUUGCAAAGCCGAUGGACAUCUUAUAAAGGAUUGUCCAAUAGGUGAAACUCGCGAUGGUCGUUCUAUAACUACUUCGACUGAUGUAUCCACGUCAUCCAUAAAGCAAACCCAAAAAAUGGCAGAAUAUAGAGCAGAUUUACAAUCAUCAGAAGCCGAGUGCGCAAGUUGUUUAGACACAAAAACAGUCUACAAGUUACCAUGCGAACAUCAUUUUUGUGAAGAAUGUUUGCGCCGACUGUUAAUAAGUGCUACAACCGACGAAUCAUUAUUACCUGUACGUUGUUGCGAUAAAAUACUUGGGAUGAAAUAUGCCAAGGCAAUGCUUAGGCCGAAUGAACUUCGUGAUUUAGGGAGGAAAAUAUAUGAACUUCGAACACUCAACAAAAUAUACUGUCCAAAACCUAGCUGUUCUCGUUUCAUUGAGGUGAACGGUGACGAACAAGAAGUAACGUGUUCCGCAUGCAAAAUUAAAAUUUGCAUGAAAUGUAAGAAAGAAGCGCACACCGAAGAGGAUUGUCCGUAUGACCCCGACGUUAUUCAGAUGAAAUUAAUUGCCGAAGAGUCUGGCUGGCAGAAAUGUGGACGAUGCAAACGUUUCGUUGAAUUGACUAUUGGGUGUAAUCAUAUUACUUGUAUUUGUUCUUAUCAAUUUUGUUACCUCUGUGGUACUGAGUGGAAAAAAUGCAACUGUCCUCAAUGGAAUGAGCACAGAUUAACCCAUGAGGCUCCCGUCAGGACUCAAGUUGCAGAACAAAACCUGCGAGAUCAACGGAACCUACGUAAUCGUUGUCAGCAUAAUUGGGUGAAUUUUAGAAUGGGACACGCGGAGCCAUGUGGUAAUUGCUCGUGGAAUAUGGUGUGGUACGCGUAUGAAUGUGAUAGGUGUCUCUGGCGAGUAUGUAGUCGGUGUCGAUUGAACCGAAUCAGAACUCCGGCAGUUAUGACCACAAAUCAUCGGUAUGCAAUAAACACUCAUAAUCAGCGCACGUUAGAAGAAAUUGAUAAUGUAAUUCGCACAUGGCGACCACCAGCGCAUGAUGUUUUCGCACAACCUCAGAGACGUCAAACCGCACCAGUCAGACAGCAAGAACGUGUCGAAGAAGGGCGUAGGGAAGCUGGUUGUAAUAUACUUUAA